AUGAUUGCUCCCAGACAAUUCAAACAGUUCAACAAAGCAGUUGAGGCCUGCCGAAUCACAGAAAGUAGCUUAAACCAUCAUCUGAUGGUCAAGACUACUCCUAGAAUAGAUAGGGGAGGUCAGGGAGGUCAGGGUGGCACCUUAUCUAAUAUGAGUAAGAAGAGGAAGCGACCAUGGGAUAGCCACAAGAAUAAAAAAGCCGGUAAGUCACCGAAGGGCAAGGAGUGUACAAAGUAUGGCAAGAAUCAUGGUGACAGACAGUGCAUGGCAGGACAGAACAGAACUUUUCUGGUGGCCUGGAAUGAAGAAGGAUAUACAGAGUAUGUGGCAAAGUAUCUCACUUACCAGAAAGUAAAGAUAGAACAUCAGAAGCCUGCAAGAGAGUUGCAACCCCUAGAUAUCCUUGAGUGGAAAUGGGAUAGCAUAUCCAUGGAUUUCAUAGUGGGGUUAUUGAUGACAGUGGCUAAACAUGAUGCGAUAUGGGUUAUAAUAGACCGUCUGACUAAGUCUGCAUACUUUCUUGCUAUGAAUGUUAAAGAUUCUCCUGAAAAGUUAGCGAGGCUUUACAUCAAGGAAGUUGUUAGGCUGCACGGUGUUCUAAGCAAGCUUAGUGAAAGAAGCAUCCUUGGUCCAGAUAUAGUGGUUGAGACUUCUCGACAGAUUAAAGCUAUUCAGCAAAGACUUUUAACAGCUCAGAGUAGAUAG